AUGUCUACCACCCAGCGGGACCAGCCCUCACCCACCAAGUCCCGCGCCAGACAGCGCAUCGACGGUCUCCGAGCCAUCUUCAGAUAUCGCUAUGAGCGCGAUAUCCUGAACGACCUGCUCUACACCUACAAGUGGGCCGUGGAGGAUGGUCCCGAGGGCGACCGCCUGCUCGAGGUCGCCCUCGACAUCCACUCCCUGAAGAUCCAAGCGGACAAGGUGAAGCGGGCCGCGCUGACCGUCGCCAUCGAGGCCAAGGACAUGAAGUACGCCUUCUACAAGCCUGGCGGUGCGUGGUUCUUUCACACAUAUGUCCCCAGUGCCUGCGACCAGUUCAGCCGCCAGAUGGCUAGGAGACUCGUGGCACAUCUCGAGGACCCCGAGCUUAACCCUGCUACCUGCUACUAUGUCUCCCAGGAGCUAUUUUUGUCGUCACAUAACUUACCUUUUUUUAAGUAG